AUGGAAGAGAACUCAAAAAUCUUAGAUAUUACACAAAAAUGGCUACACGAAGAUCAAAACUAUCCCAGUCACCCAACCCACCGUGUCACCAUCGUCUAUGUUUCAAGAUCAUUUAUAAUUACUUCUGAAAGCUACUCUACACAAACUAAAAAUGCAGGGCCUUUGUCUAUAUUAACAAAGAAGUUAAGUAGUUGGAAUGAGUAUUAUGAAUGGAGAGGCAUCCCUUUAGAUUCUCAUGUUGCUCUGCGUUUGCACUGGGAACUGAACUCGGAGUCGGUUAUACCUAGAGGUUUCUUCGAAUGGAAAGAGACCAUGGAUUCUUGGGGUUCCAAAAUGAUAUUUGCUAUAGAGGUUGUUGCUGAAAUGGCAGCAAUUGGUUCCACUGAGGUCACUUUUUAUCUUGGAUAUGUGACACAUAAGGUCCACAUUUUCUUGCUCCAAUACGGAGUAGCCUUGAACGCCAUGGGAAAGAGGGUUGUGGAUGCACCAAAGAUUCUGACAGUGACUGGAAAGAUUCCAUUUUUAUCAGAAUUUAUGAACUCUCUAUACGAGUGUCAAUAUAAAUCAAUCUUCUCUACUUUUGCUAGGAUCACUGAGUAUAUUAACUUGGAUCGGUAUUUGCAUCCACACUUUCGUUUAUACAUGAGAGAGAUCAGGACAGUUGUGUAUUCUCAGUUCCUAGAAUCUUACAAGAGUGUCACCGUUGAAGCCAUGGCAAAGGCGUUUAGUGUCACAGUUGAUUUCAUUGAUCUGGAGCUGUCACUAUUCAUUGCAGUAGGGAAGCUUCAUUGCAAGAUCGACAAAGUAGCAUGUGUUUUGGAAACCAGCCGCCUAGAUGCAAACAAUGCUCUUUAUCAUAUCUUAUGCUUUGAGUUCUUCUCUAGCAGUUCCAAGAACAGACAAAAUAUUGCAAAUUCAGAUCUACCAUUGCUUAAAGGUAAAGUUGGCUACCAAAAUAUGCCAAUCAUCAAUUGGUAG